UUGAAAAUCAAACGUCAAAAAUUGGCGCGAAAGCACUAAACAAACCAGGCGACUUGUUUUUAUUAAAAACGAAAAUAGUUUUUAUCUGGGUUUUUAAUAUAUUCUAAGGUUUUUAAUAAUCAUUCUUUGGUCGAAAUGAAUUUACGUCGCAGUCGCAGACGGUCACCAGAAGCUGAAGAGAAGGUUGAAGCAAAAAUAAUGAAGCUAGAAAUGACUUUACGUCCCAGACCAUCACCAGAAGAGAAGGCAGAAGCAAAAAGAAUCGCCGAAUACAGAGCCAACAAUCCAUUUAUAGAGUUCAAAGGAAAAAUUACGUAUCAUACCGAACUAAUAGACAUAGCUUUAGUGAGUGAUAAUUUAUUAGAAAGAGCAAAAGUUGUAUCCGAUCUGUUAAUCAUCGGCUUUGAUAUGGAGUGGCCGUUUAAUUUCCAAACUGGUCCCGGUAAAACUGCAACCAUACAGAUUAGCUAUGACGAAGAGCAUUGUUACAUCUUCCACGUAAGUAAGAUUAGAAACCUACCCAGCAGCCUCAGCCAGCUGUUGAUCCAUCCAAACGUGCGCCUGACUGGGAAUUGCAUCAAACGAGACGUUCGAAAACUAGCAAGAGAUUUCGCAGGUUUCGAUGGCGAUAAGAUGGUUGAUAAUUGCGUUGAUUUGGGACUUUUCGCCAACAGGGUUCUUUCUAUACGUGACAGGUGGAGCUUGGAGAGACUGGUGGAGCAUUUUCUAGACUUACAAAUAAGCAAAGACAAGAAAGUGAGGCAUAGUCGGUGGCAUAUAAUUCCUCUGUCGAAAGAACAGCAACUAUAUGCUGCAACCGAUUCAUAUGCAAGUCUUUUACUCUAUAAUGUUUUGAAAAGUCGUGAAAAUGAUUUAAAGGCUUUGGAGAACUAGAUUCAUUAUUUGUGUGACUGGAGGAGUCUUAAGGGCUUCUGUAUAUAUAUUUUUUACUUAUAAUAAUUAAGUACAGGUACUUUAUUAUGAUGUAUAUAAUAAUAUUUUUUUAUCUGAUCGUUUGUAGAUGAUGUAAUGUGUUCAAAUUAUUUUUUAACUUCUAUAUAAGCCUAAAUAAAAAAUUUUACAAGCAGA